CCUACCUAUAUUCUUUGGAAAUACUUGUCGUCAGUCAUCACCAUUUGCAUAUUCAUUUCCCCUAAACCAAGUUCCUUCCAUCCUUUCUCUCUAUAAAUUCACGCAUUUUUAUUUAUUUUUUGAUUGCCCCGAAUGGAGUCAAAAUUACAGUCACGUUUCACACUGGGUAAGCAAUCCUCCGGUGCCCCUGAAACUGAUGACGUUUCCGGUUCUGGCGUACUGGAUGUAGAGUUUAUAGAUUCGGGCGUACGGUUGAUGUACUUAGCAAAUGAAGGCGAUUUGGAAGGGAUUCAAGAGCUUUUGGACUCUGGCACCGAUGUGAAUUUCACUGAUAUUGAUGGCCGCACCGCCCUACACGUGGCGGCUUGUCAGGGCCGCACUGAUGUUAUCGACUUGCUUCUCCGCCGUGGCGCCGAAGUCGACAUCAAGGACCGGUGGGGAAGCACGCCUCUUGCAGAUGCAAUAUAUUACGAAAAUAAGGAUGUUAUCAAGCUUUUGGAGGCACGUGGAGCAAGACCUCCUGAGGCUCCCAUGCAUGUCCAAAAUUCUUUUGAAGGUCCUGAAUAUGAAAUUGAUAUAAAAGAGCUCGAUUUUACAAAUAGCGUGGAGAUAACAAAGGGAACAUUUUGCAUUGCAUCAUGGCGUGGAAUUCAAGUUGCUGUUAAGAGAUUUGGUGAAGAAUUGUUCACAGAUGAAGACAAAGUAAAGGCAUUCAGGGAUGAGCUAGCUUUACUUCAACAGAUACGCCACCCAAACGUUGUCCAGUUUCUGGGUGCUGUAACACAAAGUACUCCAAUGAUGAUAGUCACGGAAUAUCUACCCAAGAUCUUAAUUGAUGCGCAGGGAGAUCUUUUUGCAUACUUGAAACGAAAGGGCACCAUAAAGCUGACAAGGGCUAUUAAGUUUGCUCUGGAUAUUGCUAGAGGAAUGAACUACUUGCACGAGCAUAAGCCUGAAGCAAUAAUUCAUCGGGAUCUCGAGCCUUCGAACAUACUCCUGGAUGAUUCUGGCCAUCUAAAAGUUGCAGACUUUGGACUAAGCAAGCUGAUGAAAGUUGCAAAAUCAAUUAAAGAAGAUAUACCUGCGACUUGCCAACAGACUUCUUGGCGUUAUUUGGCUCCAGAAGUUUUUAAAAAUGAGGAGUAUGAUACAAAGGUGGAUGUCUUUUCAUUUGCAUUGAUAUUACAGGAGAUGAUCGAAGGUUGUCAACCAUUUCCUAGAAGGCAAGAAAUUGAGGUCGCCAAAGCAUACGUUGCAAAUGAGCGCCCUCCUUUUAGAGCUCCAGUGAAAUUUUAUGCUCAUGGACUGCGAGCGUAAGCCUCUGAAGUUUAUUUAGUUUUCAAUACAUCUGAGAUGGAUUUACAUUUAAUAUGAGCUCCAAUGAUUUCAAGUGGAGACUCUAUCCUGUGCUCAAGAAAUGAAGUUUAAGCUUUUGUUCGCAAUCAAUUAAUGACUAAUUUGCUUGGCAAAGGUACAAUGAGAUUGCAUUUUUUUCUUUAUGCUUUUUAAGUGCAAUCAAUUUGUGAUGGAACACACCAUCUCCUUUCAUCUCUA